CGCAGGAGACGUGGGCUGGUAGUGGUAAACAGACGUCAGAAGGGAGUCUUCGCCUCGAGUCAAAACAAAACAAAACAAGCUCCAUACGUUGAAUGACUCUUUGAAUAUCUGAAUCGGCCGCACGACGGAAAGGAUUGAAGCAUAACUACAGCGGAAAAGCAGAUUUCUUCCACUUUUACAGAGGGAUUCGUUAACUAACCGGAGGAGUUAGCCAACUAGGUGGCUACCUAGAUUCUUCUCACGUUAAAACUCUGGUGUCGAGUUUUGUCCGGACGGACGAGUUGCUGACGACGGAAGUCAAGAUGCGGGGUUGAAUUCUUGCACUUUCGAAUUACAAGAAGUACGUACAUUUCACUCGGAAUUAACGAACCGCGUACGGACGCAUUCUGCGUAGUUGCCGCGCAAGCAUCGUGUGUGUGUGUGUGUGUGUGUGUGCGUGCGUGCGUGCGCGUGCGUGCGUGCGCGCGCGUGUGUGUGAGAGAGUGAUAGUGUGUGUGUGUGUGUGUGUGUGUGUGUGUGUGUGUGUGUAGAAACAUGGCAGAUGGUGACACGCGCCUACACACAGCGUGUCGGAGCGGACACACUUGAACGAGAAUAACACGGACUGUUUUAGUUUAAUCCCUCUACCAGCUAUAAAUAAUCGUGACUAACUAGUUCAGUUAACUAUUAUUCUCCCGGAAAGGUUUGACUAUUCAAAUCGCCUCCAAAACACGUUUACAGGGCGACGCUAGGUGUAUACACAAUUGGUGGCGAGGAUCUGGGUGGAAGAACCAGUAUAUAUAUAUAUAUAUAUAUAUAUAUAUAUAUAUAUAUAUAUAUAUACAUACACAAACUCUUAAUGAUAGCAUCAUAUACACUGAUAAUCGAGCUCGAAAUUGGACUCCAGUGGAUUUCACUGCCGUGAGAUGACAGAUGAUUGGCUGAUUUUGACAGGCAUGAUGUUGCGUGUACAACUAUUACUCAUGAAUAUACUCUUCCUAACUGUUCAUGUACGGUGUUUUAAUUUAAACAGCAUGCUGUUGAUGCCGUAGAGUGAUGAGCACAGAGAUGUUCAAAAGUGUCUGUCACUAUAGUAUGACUUGAAUGUAACUGAUCUCAGUUGUUGAUGAAAGUAAUCAGUUCAGGUGUGUGUUUGAUAUUGUAGAACAAGUUUACUGUUUACUACAUUGUUUCCUUUUUCCCCCCUUCAUUACAAGCGUUUCACACCUAUUUCUUGUUGUUAUUAACCCUUGAGCCUUUAACCCACUUUUUUUUAGACGUAUUUCUUACUCUUUUUUUUUUUUUUAAACAAAAACCUUUUAAUGUAUUCAGUACUGUUUGUCAUGUGAAUUUCCUUUGUUCUUUAUGUAAACAAAGACACCCUCGUGAGGUUUAUGAUAGUGACUAUUAAGGAGAUUAUUUGUCUCCUUUAAUCUCCAAUCUGAGGAUUAAGCGGCGCUGUAGAUAUACAUAUACAUAUGUAUCGGUGCCCACGGAUUAUUACGUCUCUGCUCAAUCCGCAACAAAAACAACCAACCAAAACAUUUGUAAUAAAUAUCCUUACAAAUCAGCCAAACUACCAGUGAACCACCCGCAUCACAUAUGUUUUAAUGCUCAAACAGCAUUCAAAUUCAAAACUAGCAUUAAAAACAAAUGUAAAACCUAUACAGUUGUAGUGGUUUAGAAGGGGAAAAAACAGGUUAUUUUCAGAUUGUAAACUGUCAGACUCUUUCCUGAAAUUGGAGUAAUUGCUCUGCACAAUGGAGACGGACAAGGCACCCCCGAUUGACCCAGAUUUCGAGCCGCAGAGUAGACCGAGGUCUUGCACAUGGCCGCUGCCUCGGCCCGACAUCUCAGCUGUCAAAGUGGAGGGGCCAGACGGCGCUGAGUCCACCGCGGGAACCCCGCCUGCAGAAGAAGAUAAACAGGAGUCUCAGCCAAUCGUAUCCGAGCCCGAAAAAUCCACCGCCUCAGAGGGAGGAGCGAUAUCGGGAGUGGGUGGAGCCGCACCCCGAAAGGGUUCAUCCCGGCGCAACGCCUGGGGGAAUCAGUCCUACGCUGAUCUGAUAAGCCAAGCGAUUGAGAACUCACCAGAGAAGCGACUCACUCUGGCACAGAUCUAUGACUGGAUGGUCAAAACAGUGCCAUAUUUUAAGGAUAAAGGUGACAGCAACAGUUCUGCUGGAUGGAAGAACUCCAUUCGUCACAAUUUAUCCCUCCACAACAAAUUUUUGAGAGUACACAAUGAAUCUACUGGAAAGAGUUCCUGGUGGAUGCUUAAUCCUGAAGGGGGUAAGACAGGGAAAGCUCCUCGCCGCCGUGCUGCCUCCAUGGACAAUAGCACUAAAUUGCUAAAAAGUCGUGUGCGGGCAAAGAAUACCAAGAAGCAAGCAGUAGCAGGUGGUGUUGGUGGUCCUGGCAGUGCCAUACAGGGUGAGGGUGUGUCUGGUGCCGGGAGUGCAGACAGUCCUGGCCCUCCAGGGCAGUUUGGAAAGUGGGGUGUGAACAGUAGCAGCCCAUCAUCACGUGGUAGCGUGGAUGACCAAGACAUGUGGACAAGCUUCAGACCACGCACCAGUUCAAAUGCCAGCACUUUGAGUGGCAGGCACUCUCCAAUUCCCCCACUGAAAGAAGAUGAAGAUGACUUGCCCAAAGAUGGACUUCUGAGUGGGUAUCCCACUAGCAGUCUUCCACCGACACUUACUGAGACCCUAAUGGAGGAACUGGACCUAAUUGAUGGACUUACCUUAAUGACAGCACAGCAAGGCGGAGCAAGCCCGAGCACAGCACCGCAAGCUCCACCUACUCCAUUGCCUUCUGCUUCUACCCUGCUGCCCCGUGGGUCUAAUUUUGCUUCAUAUCGUCAGCUGCAGUCAGUGAAGGGAUCUCAAGGACCAUCCCAGCCAGGAUCACAGAGCUCUGUUCAGCAGGCUGGGGAGUCCAACACAAGCCUAUCAAACUUUGGAAACUCCCUCUUUAACCCUCUGCCAGGUCCAGGAUCUCGAAGUGGUUUCAGCACCCAUGUGCCGUCCAGUCUUGAGGCACUCCUCACCUCUGACUCACCCCCACCAGCCGAUAUCUUGAUGACUCAAGUGGACCCUCUGAUGCCCAGCCAGGGAGGUGCUAAUCUUUUGGGCCUCGGUGACUCCAUGUCUGGCAACCAAACCAAGGCUGGUCAAAUGAUUUUGGGCAAGAGUAUGGAACCUAGCCCCAUGCCGCAAAUGACCCUUCAGCCUCAAUCCCAGCUACAGCCACAGCAACACCAGCAACACUCUCAAAUGAGCUUUGGCAUGAUGCUGUCUGGCAUGAGCCAGGAACUCCCACAGCUAGCAGCAAUGAAGACCCAGCAUCAAAUGCCAGGUGGAGGGCUCCUUCAACAUGGAGCUGUCCCUUCUGCAGCUGGGAAUGGUCUUCAGGGGAUAAGCCAGUAUGGGACACCAGCUUACACUCUGCCCUCUCAGGAUCGUCUGCCCACAGACUUGGAUAUUGAAAUGUUUACAGAGAACCUGGACUGUGAUGUUGAUUACAUCAUCAACAGUGACCUUAUGGACGGAGAUAUGAGCGACUUCAACUUUGAUCCCAUUGUACCAGGUGGGCAAAAUUACACUGGGCCAGCCACCACACAGAGCACAUCUCACAACUGGGUGCCCAGCUAACUCUGCUUAGGAUAGGAGCAGGUCGGCCCUUCAUCCCUAACCAAAUAAUGCAAUCUCACAUGGUGCAUUCAUUAAAAUGUCACCCCUUCAAAUUUUUUUUUUUGCCUCCAUAUUUUACCAUUGUACCUCAAAUGCAUAAACUGCUUUGGCUGAAUAUACAAACUUUGGCCAAAUUUUUCAAACAUUUUUGGCAACUUUUUUGACUCACAAAAACAAACCUUACACAAGUGCCAAUACACACAGGGAAGUUGGCUUUUAGACACCAGACCCAGAUGAUGUCUUGGGGGAAAAAAAUACCGGACGUUGCUGUUUUCAUUGAUGUCAUUGAGAUUGACUAGGAAAAAGGAGAGAAGAAAUGAAUGGUGAAGCACAGCUAACAAACUACUAAUCAUGUUUAUUAUAGUAAUGCCUGUUACUAACACCAAAGUAGUUCAGAGCUGAGAUGGUACUUUUCCUAGGUUUGAAGACAGAACUGAUUUGGCCAGGAGGAUCAAACUUUGCUGAUACUUGAGGAUCAUUCUCCAUUGGUCAACAGCUUAAAACAACACGAAUGGAGUAAAAGUCAUCAUGCAAUUUCAAAUUCAAGCAAUGCUUUAUUGGAUCCUUUGAUCGGGUGGAGCACAAACCUGACACCAUAUGAACAUCAUCAGCAUUAAUCAGAGUUUGAAUGGGGACUGUCCCAAUGAGUCCAGACCAUAAUGAAUAUUUGGACACUUACGCUGCGCUCAAGUAGUACACUCUCAAUGGUACGAAGUGUGCUAAUAUUUUGCAUCGGAGGCAAAAUAUUUUGAGGUGGUUGAUUAAUGAUUAUUCUCAUGAUGAUUAAUGCUUUGUUUAGCAUUUAUGACUCUACUCAGGAAGGUGUGUUUUUUUGUGUGUGUCCUAAAGAGUGGGAGCUGAUCAUUGAGUGAGAAUUUGAUAUUGCUGAUUUUGUUCUUAAAUUGUUAACAGUAUGAAGAAAUGUGACUAUACACAGGGCAUUUUGAUUAUACCAUAGAAUUUGAAUGGUCCUGUUUCUAUGGUUUUUACCACUUUGCCAACUCUGUCAAGUUUAAUGGCAUUGUGUUGUUAUCAAUGUGCCCGUUUGCAACGUACAAUAUUUGAAGGGUUUGUGUGUGUGUGUGUGUGUGUGUGUGUGUGUGUGUGUGUGAGAGAUGUUUUAAGUACUUACAAGUGCUUAAAAUUCAGUAGAGAGAGAAACAAUCAAAAAAUAAUAUUGAAUAAUUUCAUUCAGAGGAUGAAACUGAUUAGUUAUUCAAAAGAUGCUCUGUAAAAUGUGCCCUUAUUAUAUAGAAUUCUGUACAGUAGUACAAAAAGGGGCGAGACAUACUUUUCUCAGUGAUUGACUUUUUCUUAUGUAAUACUAACAAUCUUAUCUUUUGUAUAAAUUUGUUUAAAAAAAAAAAAAGACAAAACAAUUAAGUAUACUGACUAAUUUUAAUGUUUAAUUUACAUUGGGGCUAUAUCGUGAAAAAUAUUCAUACUAAUCAGAACGCACCCCUCUUAAAAGUGCAGAAACUAUUUUUAACGGUCAUUUUCUAUGUAAUCUUUUAUUUUUGUAAAAGAUGAGAUGCAUGUAGAUUUUAUACAUAACCAAAGGAACACUAAGAAGAACAUUUCAGACUGGGAUGGCUUGAGAGGAAAGUAUUGCAGCUUUUAUACGUUAACUUUUUAUGUCAAGUAAAUGGAUUGCAAGGGUGCAGUUAACAGUAUAACGCAAAUUAGAAAUUGCCAUGGUGACCGCUACUAUAUUUGGAGUAAUUUACAACAAACAAACAAAAAGAGGAUGAAGUAAUGAGCUCUAUCACUUUGGCAGGCAAUUUAUAUUUCAUCAAUAAAAUGUUAAAACAACGUAGAUGAUUAUGAUGAUGAUGAUGCAAUGUCUAACUCUCAGGGUUUUUAAUAAAACAGUAGUAAUAUAAAGUAAAUUAGUAAUAUUGAUUAAAAACUUCCUGAUGGAAGCAGUAAGAUAAUCAUUGCUGAUUUUAUAAAAGCCACUUAGCCAUCAAUGGAAAUGUUUUAACAUUACAGAAGUAUAGCUAAUGCUCCACUUCAAAACGAGAGGCUGUGUAACGUAUGCAUUCACCGAAUUUCGUUAUGAAAGUUAUAAAACUGCCAACAAACACUAGCAUGUUCCUCUAGAACAAACCCUGUAUCUCCAUACUCUCUCUUUUUUUUUCUCCUUCUUUGAGCUGUUGAUUUAGAAAUGUAGUUUUUCCUUUGAUUUUUUUUCUUCCUUUGUCUAUGUAGAUUGAACUUUGGUUUUAGAGCUGGAUAUUAUUAAUCAUUUAACGGUAAUAAUAUGAGUAUAUUAAAAUAUGAACUAACUGUUAAAAGCGCUCUGUUCAUGCAGAGGAUGGUUGUUUCCUCCCGUCAGUCGGUGCUAGAUAUGAAAAAGUCGGCCAUAUUUAGAUUUAAGGGCCUUUAUUUUAUGCAGCACAUCUUAAGCACAUUUUUUUUCUAUAAAUAUAGAACAUAGAAAGAUACAUUCACCUUUAUUAAUCCACAAACAUUUGUUACUUUUGUAGAUCCUAAGUAACUUUGUAGAAGCUGAAAUGAGAGAUUCGCCACUGAACGAGUCUCUUGACACACACGUACAUUUCUUGAAAUCAGUCCUUUAAAAGAAAAAAAAGAAAAGAAAAGGAAACAGUGUUACUUUGUUAAUCUUGAUCUGUAUUUCAUUGAACCGUUUACAUUGUUGCUCUCGUCUUUUUGGGCUGUCCUUUGUUCCUCUGCAGUCCUACAUGUUUGGUGGUGUUUGGAUUAUAUGAUAAAAUCUUGUAAUGGAUUUGAGAAUGAACAUCUGCACAACUUGAGUGACAAACCAGCAGGCAAGUUUUAGAGAAGUAGGCUGGAGUGCUGAAAUGAAAUUUGGACGUGCUUUUCUACACCGAUAAGAUCCCAUUGUGAUUAUUUGCUUCAAUUAUGAUCAAAUAAAAAUUGUGCAAGAAAAAUUGCGUGAAAAAAUUAAAUUGAGCCUCCUGUCAAAACUAAGCCUGAAGGUUCGAUUGAUGUUAAAAAUCGAGAGGAUUAACAGCAUUCUGUUGAGUAGUUGACUGAAGAAGAUAGAUUCCCAAUAGACAGAGCUUUUAAAUAGCUUGACCUCAGAUCACACACCUGUCCCGUGCGUCAUCGUGUUUAAUAUUACUUAUUUUUUUCCUGGUCUGCUAAAUAUCUCAGUUGAUAAAACACUAUUUUUCAGUUUGUGGAUAGAUUUUGUUGUUGUUAUGGGGAAGGGGAUAUAAAAGUUUGGGUAAGUGCUUAGCCAGUUCACUAUAUGUGUAUUUCAUUCAUUGCUUUAUAUUGAUUAAUGUAUUUUGUCUUUCCCCUGCUCUUCUUACUUUAUUGUUAAGUUAGCCAGAGGUGACUGUGAAACCAGUCAAAAAUAUCUGAAAUAAAUGUAAUCAGUUUAACUCA